ACUCGAGAACCUCAACCAUUGGGACCUGUGGCUACAGACGUGCGAGAAGCUGCAGAUAUAUACGCCUCUCGCCAAUUCAAUUCCUUGACGACGACGCCCCAACGUCUCCUCGUUCCUACACGAACUUCAUUUCUCCUACGAUUCAUUGAAGCCGCUGAGACAUUUCACGAAUUCGCUCCUCGACCGCUGUCCAGCACAGCUUGACACGAGAACCUUGUCCUGACCCGGAUCAGUGCCAGAUACAUUAUCGAAUCCCGGACUUCGCUGAAAUGGCUCCUGCUUACACGAGUGGCCGUCGAGGCCCCAAUGUCUCGCAGUAUCUGCGUCAACUGAACACCGUCAACGAAAAGCCGCUUGAGGAUGACUUCACAUUCGAAGACGACUUGGCCAUGUUUACCAAUACCCAGUUCUUCGACUUCGAAACCGGCCAACACAUGGAUUAUCAGGCACCUCCAGCAAAACCAGACUGCGACCCCUCCCCUACCACCACUACGGUUAACCCCGAUGCCCUUGCAUCCCCCAUCGGCGAUUUGUCCAACCUAGAUUUCAUGCCGGGCGAUUUCAAUUUUUCCGACUUCAACUCCUACCCUGCCUCGGGCGUGCCCUCAUUGCAUGAAGGACUCGGCAACCUCCAACCUCUGCAGCCGAACCCGCAAACUCACUACUCUUCCCCGGUACCUCCUCAUCCGCAUCCGCACCCGGCCCAGGCUGCGUACGUCCAGCCGGUGUCCCGCCCGAGCGAGCCCACUAGCAGACCAGAGCCAUACAACGACAACGGCAACGGCAGGCCAGUCUCGAACUUCGAAGAACAAUCUCGUCUGGCCGCUGACGAAGAUAAGCGGAGACGGAACACCGCCGCCAGUGCCCGAUUCCGCAUCAAGAAGAAGCAGCGCGAGCAGGCUCUGGAGAAGACAGCCAAGGAAAUGUCGGACAAGGUCACCCAGCUCGAAAGCCGUAUUAACCUCCUCGAGACCGAGAACCGAUGGCUCAAGAACCUCGUUAUGGAGAAAAAUGACGGCAACGAGGAGAUCGCCGCCAUGUUCAAGGAGUUCGAUUCCAAACAUAAAGCCAACAAAGCAUCGAGUGAGGCCGCUUCAUCCGACGUCAAAGACGAAAAUUGACUUGACUAUAUCCAACUGGUCGUCGGUGGGUAGUCCAUUUUAGGGGUCAGCGUUCUGCACUUCAUUGCAUCGUGCGAGGCGUUGGGGUUU